AUGGCAACCGCUCAGACAACGUCAAGGAAGAAAACUGUUCUGACGAUCAAAGAAAAAUAUCUUGCUUUGAAAGAGCUUGAAAAAGAAGGAACAACUAAAAAGUCUAUUGCUAAAAAGUAUGGUGUCCCACCUAACACACUUUCAUACUGGGUUAAGAAUAAAAGUGACAUUUUUACCAAGUAUGAAUCAGGCCAGUAUGGAGUUAAAAGACAAAAGCUUUCUUCCGAAAAAUACGAUAACAUUGAUAAAGCAGUUUACAAGUGGUUCGUUAACGCUCGUGAAAGAACUGUGCCGAUUAGUGAUCAAAUCAUUCGAGAAAAAGCAUUGGAUUUUGCAAAGCAAUUCAACGAACCUGAUUUUAAAGCUUCAGAAGGCUGGCUAGACAGAUGGAAGUACAGACAAAACAUCAUUUACAGAAUUAUUUCUGGAGAGGAAAAGUCUUGUACACCAGGGAUGACAGCAAGCUGGGAAGAAACACACCUGCCAACCAUUUUGUCACGCUAUGAUUUACCAGACAUUUUCAAUGCUGAUGAAUUCGGCUUGUUCUACCAGAUGCUUCCAACAAAUACCUAUCAUGCCAAAGGUGAAAGAUGUGCUGGUGGAAAAUUCAGCAAAGUUCGUUUAACAGGACUUGCAGCAGGAAAUGCCCUAGGUGAAAAGUUGCCCAUGUUUGUUAUCGGAAAAUCGGUUACACCGCGCUGUUUCAAAGGAGUCAGAAGUCUUCCCUGUCAGUACCAAGCUCAAAAUAAGGCCUGGAUGGAUUCUGAAAUCUUUACCGAUUAUGUGAAAAAACUCGCUGUUAAAUUUGAAACUGCGGGUCGAAAGAUUGUCUUGAUAAUUGACAAUAGCCCAGCUCAUCCAGAAGUCACUGGUCUUAAAGCACGAAAUCAAAUCGAUUUAAUUUCGCUUUUUUCUGGUAACAGAAAGACUCAGCAACCGAACGGGGUUAAUGUUGUGAGAGAAAAAAGCUGCGCUUACGGCACAGCAUAUGUACUUAGUGGAAACGUUAAUUUCGAACAAAUUGAAAAAGAAAAGCAACAUUUAAAACACAUUGGUCUACGAUUUUGUCAACUGAGCACGAAAGAAGUUUAA